UGCUGUGGAGAAAGAAUAUUACCGCAACAUAUUCGUCAAGCAGAUUAAAAUACAAUAUUAAGAGUCCCGUAUCUUAGGAAACUUAGGAAAAUACAAAUACAAACAUACAAUAAUCAAUAUUGUAAAGCACAGAAAUUGUUUGAAAUCGUAGCCUUCUCCAUUUUAGAAUAAAAACCCACCUAGAUUUACCUCUUCUUUUUGCCUUAACUUGCAGUUCCAGUAGAAAUAUGGCACUAAGGACCUUCAACAGCUGUGAAGUAGAAAAAUAAUCACCGUAUAUCAUAUCAUGUUCGUAAAUAUUGAUUUUCCAAAGUGUCUGUUUCCCAAUGACGAUUUUCCAAAUAAACCAUUGAACUCUUAAUUUAAUCAUUUCAUCUUUGUUUUAGUUUUUUUGCUUCUGUUUCAUUUGAAAUUGGGUUAUAUACAGUUUCUGUUAUGGCAGCUCUAUGAACAACCUUUAGCACCCCCUUUUCUUUAAUCACAUUUCUUGCUGAAUCUUUCUCUGUUUUCGCAUUCUCGGGUUUUUUUUUUCUUUUUCUUGGAUAACUAGUUUGGAUUUUCCUUUGUUACUAUUCCAUCGAUGGCUGUUUCUUCUUUAUCCUCCCCUCUGUGCUCUUGGUUUCUUGCAGUUUGCAUGUCUAUGACUUGCAAGGAAGAUUCCUCUAUAUUUCAGUCUCCAAAGAGGAUGACCAAGAAGUCCAGACGCAAGAAGCUCAUUGGUUCAGUCCAUUAUUCACAGAACUUAUUUUCAUCUUUCCAAGUAUCUAGCAUGCAUAGUUUGAUGAGUUCCUGCCUAUCCUUCGAGCCAUGUGAGGUGUUCUACAAUUCAAAUAGGUCAUCUUCAUCUUUGCACAAUAUUUUCUCACUCUUUGGAUCAAAAUCAUCAAAUAGAAUACAAAUGCAGAAGAAUGGUGCAGUCCACUCCGGUGGUGUGGCCGUGUCUGUGCAACCUGAAAAGGAAAACAUAUUGAAGAAGAAACCUCCGACAAAGCAUCGCCGGGUGGUUGUGACUGGGUUGGGCGUGGUUACCUCAAUAGGUCAAGAUGCAGAUACAUUCUAUAAUAACCUUCUUGAUGGUGUCAGUGGAAUAAGUGAGAUUGAGGCUUUUGACUGCUCUCAGUUUCCCACUAAAAUUGCUGGAGAAAUCAAGUCUUUCUCGCCAGAUGGAUGGGUCUCACCCAAGCUUUUGAAGAGGGCAGAUAAAUAUGCGCUUUACUUGCUUACUGCAGGCAAGAAAGCCUUGGAAGAUGGUGGAAUUACAGAACAAGUUAUGAAUGUGUUGGAUAAAACUAGAUGUGGGAUUAUAAUUGGCUCUGCAUUGGGAGGCAUGAAAGUUUUUAAUGAUGCAAUUGAAGCGUUGAGGGUUUCAUAUAAAAAGAUGAAUCCAUUUUGUGUACCAUUUGCAACAACUAAUGUGGGUUCAGCUAUACUAGCAGUGGAUUUGGGAUGGAUGGGCCCUAACUACUCGAUCUCUUCUGCUUGUGCAACUAGCAACUUUUGUAUACUUAAUUCAGCAAACCACAUCAUCAGAGGUGAAACAGAUUUAAUGCUUUGUGGUGGUUCUGAUGCAGCGAUUAUUCCAAUAGGCUUGGGAGGUUUUGUGGCUUGCAGAACUCUAUCACAAAGGAAUAAUGAUCCAACCAAAGCCUCACGCCCCUGGGAUACUAACCGUGAUGGGUUUGUUCUUGGAGAAGGAGCUGGUGUUUUGCUUUUAGAAGAGCUAGAACAUGCUAAGAGAAGAGGAGCAAAAAUUUAUUCAGAAUUCCUUGGCGGAAGCUUCACUUGUGAUGCUUAUCACAUGACUGAACCUCAUCCUGAUGGAAUGGGAAUUGCUCUUUGCAUAGAACAAGCCUUAGCUCAAUCUGGUGUAUCCAAAGAAGAUGUAAACUAUAUAAAUGCACAUGCCACAUCAACACAAACAGGUGAUCGUACAGAAUUCCAAGCUCUAGUUCGUUGUUUUGGCCAAAACCCUGAGCUAAGAGUGAACUCUACAAAAUCCAUGAUUGGCCACCUACUGGGAGCUUCAGGCGCUGUGGAAGCUGUAGCAACAGUAAAGGCAAUACAAACAGGAUGGGUCCACCCUAACAUCAAUCUUGAAAAUCCUGACAAAGCUGUGGACAAGGCUUUGCUUGUUGGUGCCAAAAAAGAGCGCUUGAACAUCACGGUGGCAUUGUCAAACUCUCUCGGAUUUGGUGGGCAUAAUUCUUCCAUCUUAUUUGCACCUUACAAAUGAAUCCACGUGAAUGGAGCUCACUUAAUGUGAGAGUCCUGGUGCUCUGCUCAAUAAAUCAUUCUUCAAUUGAACGGCCAGUACAUUGCUGCUUAAAGUACAUGUGCUAAUGCGCUAAUCUUGUCUGACCGCAUGUUCAUUUUUCUCCUCUUUUCUUCUUACUACUAAGUUUCCUGGAAAUGCAGAAUGCAAGUGCUGAAAUGUAUGAAGAGAAAUC